AUGCCUCUCGCCGUGCGUGAUGUGACUGCUCUUUUGCAAGUCCAUCUCCGCGUCCACAAGUCACGCUUUGACCGGUCAUGUAUGAAACAGCCGGAAUUUUCGCUGUCGACGCGCAUCGUGUUUCGUAGUGUCCAACAUGGCGGGAUCCGAUUGCAAGCUUCGUGGCAAGUCUUUCGUAGCUUUUCGGAAUUUCAAGGGCUCGAUGCUCAAUUGCGACUGGCAUUUCCAGACGAGAUGAAGCUGUUGGCCCCACCUUUGCCCCAUCGACGUCGAACAUGGCUACGUCGUCAUUGCAGUCCCAAAUUCUUGGUCAAACGUUGUGUCGAGUUGAAUGACUACUUUGUCCAAUUGCUGCAGCUUCCUCAUUUACGACUGACGAGAUUUCUGGAUCCGAGAGCGUCACUGGUGUUGCGAUGUUUCUGUAAUUUCGAGACUGGUCUUUUGACGUCAGAGGUGACGGUAUUGCCGAACCAAUUUGAGGAUUUUGUACUGAGUCUCGACUCUCGAGAUCGAGACAAGAACCAAGUGAAUUGCAACGUGAACAAAAGUGGAGGAGAAAGUGGCACUACUGUCACUAGUAGUGAGUGCAGUGCACCGUUAUCGGGGAGCAUCGAGGUGAACGAAAAGGGUGACGAAAGAGCAGAAAGCAGCGAUCGAGUGAGGAAUCAGUCGCAGGUGUUGACGAUGGUUGGAAAAGGAACGGAUGACAAUGCAAAAUUGGAUGAACUUGAAGCGAAUCUCAUGGACGACAAGACGCGACAUAUAGUCGUAUGCACCAAAUUUGAAUGUGCUUGUCGCGUCUCACCCUUUCGUGUCGCUCAUAACAAAAUGAAGCGCAUGUUGCAACAUCGUGGGUUCAAGCAAGUGUAUGCGCCACCUGCCGAUACUGCGCUCACGGCAUUGUAUUGCGUGCUGUAUAAGCUGCAGCAGUUGAACGAUUUGGACAAGCGGUUGUUUGAUGCACUGACAAGGAGUUCUUUCACGACAACGACGAAGAUGGAGAUCGUAAAUGACGGCUCGAUAGACGAAAAUACGUUGGAAAACGUGGCAGAUGAUCAUUCGCAACUGUCUGUCGGUGUCGAGCUUUUGCGUCAUACGCUAGCAAAUUACGGACUGCUCCACGUACAUGCUUUGGAACGACACUUUCGGACAUCGGCUGUGGAUCUGAAACAAAUACUGCAUGAAUUCAAGUCUCGACGGCAACUCAGGGUGGGAAAUGUAGAGCUUGUGUUGCUUGCUACGAUGCUGGAUUUGUCCAUCAACCUGAUUACGAAUAAUCACGAGGGAUCAGAACAAGAGAUUCUGCCGCUUGCUGGUCUACGGUCCAUUCGAAAAGGUGGUCGUAUUGAACUGACGUGUGGAUACAUGCUGCCUACAGUUGUUUGUGUCAGUGGAUUCUACCUGCUAGCUGAGCGGGAGCAGGAUGUUUCGGAAGCUGCGCUAUGCGUGGAAAGCAAACUGCUGGCAGAGUCACAGCAAAGACGGUUGUGGCAGGGCAUAGACGAAAUGGAUCGAGACUUCAUGGCAGAAAUCAAGCAAACUCUUUUAGAAGGAGAUGGUGCAUUUGAACUAGCGUUUGACUUUGACGUGGCGGAUUCCCUCAACACAGCUAUUCUGGAUGCUGUGUGGGACGAUUGUCAGCACAAUCCAAAUCUGUUUUAUCUCUUUCACCGGCAAGCUCGACAGUUUGGCAAGGGCCACAUUUCUGGCCGCGUUUUCAUGCAAUAUCUGGAAGUGAGUUUCGGACUCGAGGGCGCCAGUUAUCUUGUGGAUUUCUUGCUGCAUGUAUUGCCAGAAGAAGAGCUACGCAAGCAGUUGCUUCGCGCUCGGUGGAUUCGAGUACGACGUCAACUUUCCAAACGUGUUCUAACCUUGAGGCGGCUUGACAGCAUACAGGAACUAUAG